GGCUCGAUGUCGCCGUUAGUUUCCGUGUUUCGGUAGCGGCACUAUAAACAAUGUAACGUCAUUAUUUCUGCUUCGACGCGACGAACAUCUGCCACAAGACGGAUUUAAAGGAACGGUUUCCAUAAUGACUUGUGUUUGCUCCUUUCCGGGGUGUUUCAACAAGCCGAGGGCUGCGAUGCUGUGGCAGCGGGACCCGACGGGCGAUGCUCCGCUGAGUUUUCACGGUCUGCCGCUGCACGACCCGGACACACUCCGGCUGUGGCUCGUCGCACUGGGGAUGGACCUGGACUCCUCCAUGGACACGAUCCGCACACUGCGGGUGUGCAGCCAGCAUUUCUCCAAGGACGAUUUCUGCCCCCCGGCCGGGAGCAGACAGUCAGACGGUCCGGUUCUCAAGUCCACGGCGGUGCCAGCUGCCGCGAGAAGCGACGCCACGGAAUGCUUGGAUGAAUUCGCACCGCAUCACAGUCCAGAUCCAUGUUAUCUUGCUCCAAUCGACUCUAAUGAGGGAAGUGUGAAUGAUUCUACAUCAGAUGAAGCCCAAGACUCUUAUUUCACCGUCAAAAUAAAGGAGGAAGAAAUCGAAAGCGAGGAAACUUUGAAUGAUCCGACACAAUAUGACACUCAAAAUCUAAAUCCAGCUGUGAAAAUUAAGGACGAAGACAUCCAGAGCGAGGUGGAGAGUUUGUCUGCUGCUGGAGUGUCCGACUUCACUACACCAGGACCAAACAUCUUAACAACAGGCCAAGAGGGCGGAGAAAUCAAGAUACCCGCAAAACUGUUGGUGGUGUCCAGAAAUCCAGAACAGGCAACGCAGACGACGGCGUCCACGUCGGCAACUUACUUAGCCCGACCCCCAACAUGGGAAUAUCAAACAGAUGAUGUAAAGAAGGAAGUAAAGACAGAACAAGACGCGGCAGAACAAGAUUCGACAGAACAAGAAGCAACAGAACAAGACGCUCCGACUCAUGUUCCACCAGACACCGUUAAGCAAGAAGAAGGAUCAGGAGGGAGUUACGACCGAAAAUGGCCGGUCAACGAGUCCAACCUGUUUGAACUUUUUAAGACUUGCCAUCAAUGUGGGGCUAAAGUGGAAGGACUCUCAGCCACCGCGUACGGCUGCUACAUCAAGCUGGACUGGUGCUGCCGAAACGGACAUAAUGGGCAGUGGAGUUCGAGCCCUGAUAUCUGAACGACCUCGCCCUCUAUCCAUUCUUCAGAUCUCAUCUCAACGAGGACUUUGUUGUGCAAAAUAUCUCAGAACUUGCACUUUCACACUACAAGGCACAAAGACUUAGAAGCGCGCAAGUCAGUAUUUUAACUAAUGGCAACCGGAGCGGUAAACGUGUCAUAUUUGCCUACAUUUUACGAAUCCUGGCUCAACUCGGUAG